AUGGCGGCGGAGCUGAGCGCCGAGCGGCUGCGCUCGCUGCCCGCCAGCUGGAGCUUCGGCAUCAGCCGCGGCGGCCGCAUCUUCUUCAUCAACGAGGAAGCGAAGAGCACGACUUGGCUGCACCCGCUGACGGGCGAGGCGGCGAUCACCGGGCACCGGCGCAGCCCAGAUCUACCCACAGGUUGGGAAGAAGCAUAUACUUUUGAAGGUGCAAGAUACUACAUAAAGUAAGUGAAGCUCAGCAUGGAAUAUUUUGCUGAACAUAUAUUACUAUAUACUUUGUCCUAGGGAACGUUAUAUUAUCUUCAGAGUGUGGUUUUAAGGGCAAGAUGGAUGUGUGAGAUAAUCUGUAGAAUGGGAUUUUGCUAUGUAACAACAAUGCCUUAUGGCAGUAGCUUAAGGGAAGGCAGAAUGACAUAUGUUUCUGAUUC